UCUUCCUGUCGCCGCUCCUGUGACUUCUCUUCCUGGUGAAGUGCAGUGACAGUCAGAUGGCUGCUGUGCCCGGCAGUCGGGUUCCUAGUGGCGGACAGCCUGCACAUGGUGCUCUGCUGUGCCAUGGCUGAGCUGUGAGGGCAGAGCCCCCCUCCACCCUGUACAUUGUAUCAUAUACGGUGCCAGUGCUUGCAGCCUGCGCCCCGAUGGCGUGCAAGUCUAAGGUGGCCCCCAGUGUAGACUUCGACCACAGCUGCUCUGACAGUGUUGAGUACUUGACUCUGAAUUUCGGGCCCUUUGAGAGUGUUCACCGCUGGAGGAGGCUGCUGCCCUGUGACGAGUUUGUGGGGGCCAGACGAAGCAAACACACCGUUGUUGCUUACAAAGACGCCAUUUACGUUUUUGGUGGAGAUAAUGGGAAGAACAUGUUGAAUGACUUGCUGAGAUUCGACGUGAAAGACUGCUCCUGGUGCAGGGCUUUUACUACAGGAACUCCACCUGCACCAAGAUAUCACCAUUCUGCAGUGGUCUAUGGAAGCAGCAUGUUUGUGUUUGGCGGCUAUACUGGUGACAUCUAUUCCAAUUCCAAUCUGAAGAAUAAGAAUGAUCUCUUUGAAUACAAGUUUGGGACCGGUCUCUGGACAGAAUGGAAAAUUGAAGGAAGAUUGCCAGUGGCCCGGUCAGCACAUGGAGCUACAGUAUACAAUGAUAAACUAUGGAUCUUUGCUGGAUAUGAUGGCAAUGCAAGGUUGAAUGACAUGUGGACCAUCAGUUUGCAGGAUCGAGAGUCUGCAGCCUGGGAAGAGAUUGAACAAAGUGGAGAGAUCCCUCCUUCCUGCUGUAACUUCCCUGUGGCCGUCUGUAGGGACAAAAUGUUUGUCUUCUCUGGUCAGAGUGGAGCGAAGAUCACAAACAACCUAUUCCAGUUUGAGUUUGCAGAAAAAGUCUGGAUGCGCAUUCCUACUGAGCACCUAUUGCGAGGGUCACCACCGCCUCCACAAAGGCGUUAUGGGCACACAAUGGUGGCAUUUGAUCGUCACCUCUAUGUAUUUGGUGGAGCUGCAGACAACACUUUGCCUAAUGAACUGCAUUGCUAUGAUGUGGACUCCCAAUCCUGGGAGGUAAUACAGCCCAGUCCAGACAGCGAGCUGCCUAGUGGGCGCCUGUUUCACGCUGCAGCCGUUAUCGAUGAUGCCAUGUAUAUCUUUGGAGGGACUGUGGAUAACAAUGUCAGGAGCGGAGAAAUGUAUCGCUUUCAGUUCUCCUGUUAUCCGAAAUGCACUUUACAUGAGGAUUAUGGAAGGUUAUUUGAGAACCAACAGUUCUGUGAUGUGGAGUUUAUCUUGGGAGAAAAAGAGGAGCGCGUCCGGGGACACAUUUCCAUUAUCACUGCGCGAUGUAAAUAUCUGCGGAAGAAAAUCACUCAAGCAAAAGAGCGGCUGCGACAGCAAGAAAAGCAGGAUCCAGAAGAAGAUGGCCAAAAUGGGCAGCAGGAGAAUACAAGUGGCCCCCAGAAAACAAGCCGGUCUCUUCCCAUGCUGGAUGUGGUGAUCCGAGAUGCAGAAGCUCGGCCAUUUGAACUCCUCAUGCAGUUCUUAUACACAGACAAGAUAAAGUACCCACGAAAAGGUCAUGUCCAGGACGUCCUCCUCAUUAUGGAUGUGUAUAAACUAGCUCUGCACUUUAAGCUGUCCCGUCUGGAGCAGCUCUGCGUUCAGUACAUUGAAGCCUCUGUUGACCUUCAGAAUGUCCUUGUAGUGUGUGAAAAUGCCAACAAGCUGCAGCUGGACCAGCUGAAGGAACACUGCCUAAACUUUGUUGUAAAGGAAUCGCACUUCAACCAGGUGAUAAUGAUGAAAGAGUUUGAGCAUUUGUCCUCCUCACUGAUCGUGGAGAUUGUACGUAGGAAGCAGCAGCCCCCCAUCCGGAUCCACUCUGAUCAGCCUGUUGAUAUAGGCACCUCUCUAGUCCAGGAUAUGAAGGCUUAUCUGGAGGGUGCAGGAAGAGAUUUUUGUGACAUCACUUUGUUGCUGGACGGACACCCAAGACCUGCACACAAAACCAUUCUGGCUGCUCGCUCCAGCUAUUUUGAGGCCAUGUUCCGAUCUUUCAUGCCUGAGGAUGGACAAGUGAAUAUUUCUAUUGGUGAGAUGGUGCCAAGCAAACAAGCCUUUGAAUCUCUACUCCGAUACAUCUAUUAUGGAGAAGUCAAUAUGCCACCUGAAGACUCUCUUUAUUUGUUCUCUGCUCCAUAUUAUUAUGGAUUCUUCAGCAACCGGCUGCAGGCAUAUUGCCGGCAAAAUCUGGAGAUGAAUGUGACGGUUGAGAAUGUGCUUCAGAUCCUAGAAGCAGCAGACAAGACACAAGCCCUGGAUAUGAAGAAGCAUUGUCUCCACAUCAUUGUCCAUCAGUUCACCAAGCAGAUAGAAGAUGACCACACUCCUUCUCAUUUUCCCUCCUUUCCUUCUUCACAUGAAGGUUGCCAAGCUGCCGAACCUCCGUUCGUUGAGCCAGCCUUUGCUUAUUAACAUUAUCGAGUCUCUGGCCAGCCACAUCUCAGACAAGCAGUGUGCGGAACUAGGCUCAGAUAUAUGAACGCCUGCUUUCUAGGACAUAGUAGUGGACAAAUUGAUGAAGCAUUCCUCACUGCUGAAGCUGGAUGUCCUUCACAGACCGAACAUAUGGGACCAUGAAGCUGUAUCUAGUACAUAACCAGCUGGUGAUGUGAUCUGCAUUUACUGUAUUAGGAUACUAAGAAGAUUUGCCCUGCACAUUAUAGCAGUAACAAGUCAAGUAUCGCUAAGUGACGCCACUAUCAAAGUGUGUGUCAUGUUUAGGAGUUGCUUGUAUUAGCCUGCGAUUUCACAUCCAUUUCCUGUGGUUUUCGUUGACAUUACUUAGCUGAUUUAUUCCCAUUUAAUUACCAAUAAUUUAUUCUAACCUCAUUCUUGGGGCUGAUUCACACGACUGUGCUCGGACUGGGUCAGCCACCUCUCCUGGACAGACUGCUCACAGUACAGUACAAUAGCCCCGCAAUUAUAAAACACUAUGAUGCAGUCACAUGGAUCAUGUUUCCUGGACUGGCAUGGUCGUGUGGAUCAGCCGUUAGGGCAGAAAACCAACCCUAUCUGUAAAGAAAAUAGACAGUUACCAAAAAAGGACUAUGUGAAGGUGCCUUGAAUUUCGACAUCCGAUCCUUUUGUUCUCCUAGGACUGGAAUCGGCAACCUUUCGCACUCCAGCUUCUGUGAAACUACAACACCCAGCAUGCAAACAUGCUCGGCUGUUCUUCUAACCCCCUAAGAAGUGAAUGGAGCACUCUGGGAGUUGUAGUUUCAGAAAACCUGGCAUGCUGGAGGUUGUUGAUCUCUGUCCCAGGAGAUAAGUUGCAUACAGAUGUGUCUGGCAGCAGCUUUCUCCUCUCUUCCCAUGUCCAUGCUUGGCCGAGCAUGUAUGGGGGAGUAGGGAGAUAUAGCUACGGGCUGAAAAAGCAUUCAUGUAUGGGCACCUUUAGGACCAUUGGAAAUGGCUUUAUGUUAACCAAAGUGGAGAGCUGUGCUCAUCUGGUGGAUUACCUUAAAAUGGACAGAACGCUUCCCCUGGUGAUAGCUGGCAAGCAACUGGCCUCAUGACCAUCAUUUGGACUACAGAGAGGGCUUUUUCAGAUGGAACAAGCACUUGAUUACGGUGGCCUUUAGCAAAUGGCACUUUCGCUGUUGUAAAACUUGCAUAGUGCAUAUUCUAGCCCUUGUGUUUGGUAUAACCCCUCCAAAUCCACGAAACUCUUCUUUGCACUGGUGAAUGAAGCUUCUUUGGACCAUUUCUUCUAGGAAUAUACAUAUUGAGGUUAUAAACUGGUAAUAGUUUUACUGUAGUUGUUAUUUAGACAUGCCGUUAUCGUGUUAACGGUUGAAAACAAGAGGCAUGAGGCUCUUGACGUCCCCUAAUGGGAUGCACGCUUUUGCACAGUCAGAAGUAUUUCUGAAAAAUACUCAUAAUUUGCAGUAUUGCAAAAAACGUACAUUUUAAUCAGUGUAGCAGAGCAUUGUGAGAAAUGCAUGGCUAUACUGAGUUUUUCACCGUCAGUUUUGAGUUUGUCACCAAAAUAAAACGUCUCAGAAUCCUAACGUUCCUGAAAUCUAUCCUAAAACAUCCCAUGUAUGUGCUAAAUCAGAUCUAGUAAACCUCGAACUUGUUAAAGGUGUUGUCCAAAAUAAUCAAAAUUCUUGGAUGACUCCUUCAAAAAUGAUAUAAUCGCCUAUUUCCCCAUUUCCGUUUUCUGGGGGUCUGGUGCAGUGCUUUUGCAACUGCUUGUUUACAAACAUUACUUGCACCACUGCAGCCAAUCACUGUCCUGUACCGGACCAUCGAACGGCACUGGAGAAAGGGAUGACUUUAUGAUAGUUUUUAUUUCAAGCAAUUGUCAGAAGUUUUUAAUUCUGAUUUAGAUCCCUUUUUAAAUGACAAAUUUAUUGUAAGUCUUUUCCUUUAUUUUGGAGGAUCAGGUUACGAGAUUAGCACUGGUGUCUUGGUCCUGGGUUUGAAUCCGACCAAGGACAAUAUCUGCAUGGAGUCUGUAUGUUCUCCCCUUGUUUGCGUGGGUUUCCUCUGGGUUCUCUGGUUUCUUCCCACACUCCAAAGACAUACUGAUAGGGUCCUUAUAUUGUGAGCCCCAUUGGGGACAGCUUGAUGCCAAUGUCUGUAAAGCGCUGCAGAAUAUGUCAGCGCUAUAUAAGUGCAUAAAAUAAAUAAGUAUUCCAAAACAGAAUGGACAUUUUCCAUUUAAGCAAUUGUGGAUGAUAUAACUGCAUGUUUAUAUACUGUACACACACCUACCGUCUGUGUAUUCAUACUGUACAUAGUAUAUGCAUAAUGUGCCCAAGUAUCUUCUGUAUAUUGUGAUAUGAGAGAAAGCAGCCAUGUAUCCGUUUACAAAUAAAAUGUAUUUAUUGCUGCA